CCAGGCAGUGCUCUCGGCUGAGCCCAACUGGGACUACCAGGUGGGGCAGGCAGGCUGCCGCUGCCGCCAAGACAUGAUGGUUCAGUGCCUUCUUGCCGGCAUGCAGGCAGCCUCUAACAAAUCAGUCAACUUUAACAAACUAAAGGAGGUAGUCCAAGGCGCAGAUGAAAAUCCAGCUGUUUUUCUUAACGGGCUGACUGAGGCACUUAUUCAGUACACCCGCCUUGACCUUGUCUCCCCUGCAGGAGGAACCAUCUUGGCCUCAUAUUUCAUUUCUCAGUCGGCCCCUGAUAGCCAAAAAAAAAAUUUUUUAAAGGCGGAGGAAUGCCCUCAAACUCCCAUCCAGGACUUAGUCAAACUGGCCUUCAAGGUCUACAACUCCAGGGAGGAAGCAGCUGAGGCCCAACGACAGGCCAGGCUAAAACUGAAGGUACAACUCCAAACCCAGGCCUCGGUAGCAGCCCUGAGGCUGGCCGGCUCCAGGGGCUCCCAGAAAGGAGGUACUCCCCGAGCGCCAUCUGGUGCCUGCUUCAAGUGCGGCAACGACAGCCACUGGGCCAGGCAGUGCCCUAACCCAAAGGAGUCAACUCACCCCUGUCCGAACUGUCGGCAGAUGGGCCACUGGAAGUCAGACUGCCCCAACCUAAGGACGGUCGCUGCGCCUUCACGUGACGACCCUCCUCCAGGUAUUGGAGGCGCCUUCCAGCUCCUCGACACUGACGAAGAUUGAAGAGGCCCAGACUCGGGGACCCCUCUCACUCUCGCCGAGCCGGGGUUAUGCUCCAGGUAGUGGCUCCCUGUGUCCUCCACUUCAUCCAGGACCGCAUGAAAGAAGUCUCCCAGGUCACUUUCAAUCAGCUGCUCCACCCCUAUACCCAAGUUCCGACCUCCGAAAAACCCCACGAUGACCCAUACCAGCAGGAAGCAGCCGGAGGAACACGUCGCCCCAUUUUCUUAUUAGAAAGAGGUCGGAAUGUUAGGCAGGAAUCUAGACCCAACAUGGCAGCGUUACCCGGCGUAGCAGGCCUUUUGUUAAAGACUCCCUUCACCCUUGUACACACCCUCAGACUUACAUACGUCAGAGUUCCGGCUGGGCAGUCACACUCCCCCAUGACCUGCAGCUCACCUGCAUUCCACAAGUUCGUCAACAGCAAUUUCCGUCGACAGUUUCCAAAGACCCCUUCCUCAUGACCCUUACUCAACUCCUGCUCUAGUAGUUUCAAGACCCCCCAGGCCCUGUUUGCACAACCAGCUUCCCUACCUCUCAGGCUAUAAGAAGCCCCCACCCUCCUCCCUCAGCGCGACUUCCUCGGCCCACACCUUUGGACUGAGGAACCUCGCCCGCAAGCCCUAAUAAAAGCUAUUCUCACUGC